AAAUUUGGUUCAAACAAACGGUUUCAUAAUCUGGGAGAAAUCACCGACCAAAGAUCCUUUCAAUUGGAUCACAGUCUGAUAGUCUGGUACGCACAGCACUCUCAAUGAAAUUCAUCCAAACCUAUCAACUCUAAAAUUCUACAAGAUUGGCUCUUGGCAUCACCUUCAAUGAUUGCUUUGCUUGGGAUUCUGGUAGAAGGGAUCUGAUUUAUUUGUUGUCCAUCGGCUUCAAGUCUCAUCUGGGAUUAAAAGGAACCGGGCACGAUGGCUGAUGUAGCUAAAGAUCUGACUGCUGGAACUGUUGGAGGGGCAGUACAAUUGAUAUGUGGGCACCCUUUUGAUACUAUAAAGGUAAAGCUCCAAAGCCAGCCUGCACCACUUCCUGGUCAACCUCCCAAAUACUCGGGUGCCAUGGAUGCUGUCAAACAAACAGUAGCUGCAGAAGGUCCAAGGGGUUUGUAUAAAGGCAUGGGGGCCCCACUUGCCACUGUAGCUGCCUUGAAUGCAUUUCUCUUCAGUGUUCGGGGUCAAAUAGAAGCACUGUUGAGGUCCGAACCUGGUGUUCCUCUUACAGUGAACCAGCAGGUCCUUUGUGGAGCUGGAGCUGGAGUUGCUGUGUCCUUUCUGGUCUGCCCAACUGAAUUGAUCAAGUGCAGAUUACAAGCCCAGAGUGCAUUGGCGACCUCUGGCUCUGCUGCUGUUGCUAUUAAAUAUAGUGGACCAAUGGAUGUGGCAAGAAAUGUAAUCAAGUUUGAAGGAGGUGCAAUGGGUCUGUUCAAGGGUUUGGUUCCUACCAUGGCACGUGAAGGACCAGGAAAUGCUGCUAUGUUUGGUGUCUAUGAAGCUCUGAAGCAGUUUCUUGCUGGAGGCCAUGACACUUCUAAUUUGGGAAGAGGAUCGCUAAUGGCAGCUGGAGGCUUAGCUGGAGCUGCAUACUGGAUUUCUGUUUACCCGGCUGACGUUGUCAAGAGCGCAAUUCAGGUUGACGAUUACAAGAAUCCAAAGUUCAGGGGCUCAGUUGAUGCACUUAAGAAUAUCUUGGCAUCAUCUGGAGUGAAAGGCCUCUACAAGGGAUUUGGGCCUGCAAUGGCCCGCAGUGUGCCUGCACACGCAACAUGCUUCUUGGCAUAUGAAGUGACCAGAUCUAGUUUAGGAUGAUUAUUUUUCUGGCAGUUUUAGAACAUCAACACUUUUCAGAGUUGGUUUUUUGCAUUUUUCAAAUAUGGAUAUUUCUUGGUUAACAGUUGUUCUCAAAAAUAACUGUCGUACUUAAUCUUUUGGUA